AAUGUCAAAAAUUGAUUUACCAAAAUUAGUCACCGCCCUAUUUACAUUUAAAGGAACAAACAAUGAUGAGUUGUGUUUUAGAAAAGGUGAUGUUAUCACAAUAACUCAAACUGAUGACGGUGGUUGGUGGGAAGGUACCUUGAAUGAUAAAACUGGCUGGUUUCCAUCAAAUUAUGUCAAGGAAUGUCGAUCACCUGAUUCUUCAACAAAAUCAUCACCAGAAAAAACAAGUCAAGAAUCACCAAUUCAUCAACGUUUAAAUCGUGAUAUUGUAUUAAAAGAUUUUUUAGAAUCAGAAAGAGCAAAUGUUGCUGAAUUACAAGGACUUGUUAAUAAUUUUUUACAACCAUUAGAAUUAACAAAUGUAUUAAAAAAAGAAGAGUACAAACAAUUGAUGAAUAAUAUUUUAGAUGUACUUGAUACACAUCAACGUUUAUUAAAUAAUUUAGAAACAACAGUUAUUCAAGGUCCAGAUGCAAGAGUUGGACAUUUAUUUUUAUCAUUAGCACCAAGAUUAAAAGCCAUUCAUAUAAAUUAUUGUAAUGGACAUCCUCAAACAGUUGCUAUUAUGGAUAAAUAUCGUGAUGAAUUAAAUGAUUUUAUGGAAAGAAGUGGUGCUGUUACACCUGGUAUACUUGUAUUAACAACUGGACUUAGUAAACCAUUUCGUAGACUUGAAAAAUAUGCUGCAAUGCUACAAGAAUUAGAAAGACAUACAGAAAAAAAUCAUUUUGAUAGAGGUGAUACACAACGUAGUGUUUCAGUUUAUCGUGAUAUUGCUGAAAAAUGUACAUAUGCAAGAAAACAAAGAGAAUUAGCUCUUCAAAUAUUAACAAGUGGUAUUAAAAAUUGGGAAGGUGAAGAUCUAUCAACUCUUGGUGAAAUACUUCAUGUAGGACCAGUUGUCUUGGCAAUUGGAGCUGAUCGUCGUGAUAGAUAUUUUGUUUUAUUUCCAAUGACACUAUUAGUACUAAGUACCAGUCAUCGAAUGAGUUCAUUUGUCUAUGAAGGUAAACUUCCAUUAACUGGAAUUGAUAUUAUUCCAAUGGAUGAUACUGAUGAUAUUAAAAAUGCUUUUGAAAUAAAUGGACCAAUGAUUGAAAGUAUUAUUGUAAUAUGUUCAAAUCGUGAAGAACGUCAAAAUUGGAUUGAUUAUUUAAAACAGGAUCAAUCAUCAUCAUCAUCAUCGUCAUCUGGUAUAAGAAGAUCACCAACAACAAUAUCACACGUGAGUUGUACAAAUUCAAUCACAAGAUUAUCAAGAUAUUAUGCAAAAUUAGUGAGAAAAAAAAUUAUAUAUCCCGAGCUUAUUAAAAAAUUACUUUAUUAUCAAUAUAUUAUUAAGCCAGAUUUAAAAAAUGUUAAAAUGAGAAAAUACAUGUUACAUUAUUCUGUUCAUCAAUUAAAUAGUGAUAAUUAUGAUACAGAUGAUGAUAAUAAUUCCCAUAAAUUAGAUACAAAAUUAAUAUUAAAUUCAUCAGAUAAUAAACAAGUAUCAUCAAGAUUAAAAUCAUCAAUAAUGCUUGAUGUUAGAUAUGUACCAGAUGAAUCAGUAAGUUUAGUUAAUUUACCAAUUAAAACAACAGCAUCACUUGGUAAUAUUGAUAAUUGUGAUAUGUGUCGUUCAGUAUCAUAUGAUAAUUACAAAAGUUUACCAGCAAAUUCAUCAACAUCAACAACAAAUAAUCGUCUUGUAUCAUCAAAAAAUAUUGUAUUAUCUAAAAAACCAUGUCAAUUAUUAAAUAGUUAUUCGUCUGAUGAUUGUGAUGAUAAUGAUAAUGUUAUAAAUACAACAGAUAAAACAUGGAAAUCACUUGGUAUACAAAAAAAUUUUGAUAUAUCAAGUGAUGAAUUUAUUCAUGUUGAUAUACAUCCAACAGUUUUAACAACAAUAAGUGAAAAUACAUGGGAUAAUGGUGAUGUUGCUGAUCAACCAACAGUUAUACCAGCAUCAGUUAGUUUACAUUCAUCUGAUUCUGGUAUGGCUGAUAGUUAUCAUGUAACAUCAUCUGAUCUUACAUCAUAUAAAUAUUGUUCAAGAGAUGAACAUAGAAAAAAUAAAUGUUCAUAUGAUACAAAUGAACGUGGACAAAUGUCACAUUCAGAAAGUGAAAAUGAUGAAAAUAAAUUUGAACAUCAGUGUAUAUGUAGUUCACCAUUUGGUUCAACUCCACGUGAUAGUCAACAAUCAACAGAAAGUGCUAAUAAUAGUUUUAUUAAUUUAACACCAAUUAGAGUAUUAAAUAAUACACAAAAUAAUUUACAAUCAGUAUCUUAUAAAAUUGAUAAUGAUAAAAAACGUUUUACCGAGCCAAUAACAUUUAAGAGUCAUAAUGUAUCAAGAAAUAUUGGUAAAAAAUUAUCUAAAAAAAAAGAUAUUUGUGUUGUUGAUGAAGAAGAUGAUGAUGAUGAAGAAGAAGUUGAACAACAAGUUUAUACAUCUGGACUUUAUGCUCAUUGGUGGCUGAAGAAAACUAUACCCCUUGACCCUGGGAGCAUUGAACAAGGCAAGCUUCCUCGGCAUGGCUGUUUAACGAGCAAUCAGUCGAACGGAAAGAUACACCAACUUGCUCAGGAAUGCUCUUUGUCACCAAAAAAUAAAAUACCAUGGAGUGUUGCUUCACUGCGUCCAGCAGCACCAAUUUACAAUUUAAAAAUUGAUGGCAAGACUGAUGUUACAGAUUCAAGUCGUACAACAAGAAAUCCAAAUGAACGUCAGUUUGAGGAUGAUGCUAUUAUAUUAAAAGUCAUCGAAGGCUACUGCAUGACUGUCAAUGCAAGAUUCACUGUUAAUCCUGAAUUUACGGAUGACACAACUUGUAAAGGAAAAAAUAUGGAUUCUUGUGACAUUAACAGGGGCUUGCCGGAAAAUGUUGAGGCCUUGAAAACACAAGUUAUGGAUUUACAGAGUCAAAUGAUUCAGUUGACAAGACAACUUGAAGAGGAAAAACAAUCAAGACUUCAGUUGACUGGAACUGUUGAUAUGCUAGUCAAAAGACGAUUUAAUGGAAUAGAUGGUUUGGUGCCUUGAGUUUUAUUUUUAAAUAAACAAUCAAAAAAAUAUA